GCGAACCGAAUCCGUAAAUGUCAGUCAUGGAGUUCCAGUCGUCGGAUACAUGUGGAACACAACGAACACAACUGGAGAAAUUCGCGUCUCAUCCCCCAAAUACAAUGCGAAAAAGUUUCUACAAAAAAUAGACAAAAAACUCCAAUGCAAAAAAAAAACAGAUACGAUACCAAAGGAUAUAAAACGAAAAAUAUUUAAUUGAGUUUUAAAGGAAUUAACGUGUGUGCAUCGUGUGGGCAUCGCGAGGCGUGUGAAAUUGUGUGAUGGGUGAAAAAAAGCAUCUCCUGUGAAUCGAAUAAAUUAUUAAUUCAGUUCGGUUCGAAAAACGAAAAAAAAACGCAAUAAAUUGAUAAGAAAGAUUUGAGCCCAGAAAUAUUAUAGUACAAAAUAUAGAAAAAUAUAAAAACAAGGAUAUAUAGCCUGUAAUCAGGAUUCAAACCAAAAGUUGAUAAUAAUUAAGCUUGACAAAAAAGAGAAGAAAAAAAAAAGGAAAAAGCUCACGCCCCUCCCGAGUGUGUCCCUGUAUUUUUCUUUACCUUUUUCUUUUUACUUUUUCCUUUUUUUUUGAUUUUACGGUGAAAGUGCAACAACCAGAAGAGAUAAGAAGAGAGAGAGAUAAGAGAGCAAGAGGCAGAGCUGGAAUACUCAUCAGUUGGGGAUUACGGAAUUGGUUUCAUUAAAAUGGAUUUAAGCCAAUGCCGAUGCGCUGGGUUGCAUUUGUGCAUGGGAUUAUCGAUUGUAAUGCGCAGUCAUCAAAUUAUGUUUGAACAGCACGACCGCCAGGCCAGGAGCAACAAUAGCAACAGCAACAGCAGCAGCAACAACAGCAACAACAUCAACAACAACAGCAGCAGCAACAACAGCUACGUGCAACAACAACUACAACAACAAUAGCUUUAUCACCAUUGAAUACCCCCAUUGCGCCUCCAAUCAGAGAGAAAGAGAGAUUGCGUCUUAUGAAACAAUUGAGGCACCGGCCGAGGCAGCCAAAGCAGCAGACAAAGACAAGGACAAAAACGAAGCGAAAGACGAAGAAGAAGAAGCAACAGCAACAAAAGGAGCAACAGCAACAAUAGCAAACAGCAACAGCAGCAACCCAAAAUCGCAUCAAAUUUUUAAACGGCAAUACGCAAAGAUAUGACAAGUGAUGGUGCUGUUACGUUUUGGAUAUUUUUGCUUUGUUUGAUAGCCACCUCGCCGCACCUGAAGGGAGGCGAGGCGGGUAGGCCCGAUGAGCUGCAUAUAGGUGGCAUCUUCCCCAUUGAAGGCAAAGGAGGAUGGCAGGGCGGGCAGGCAUGCAUGCCGGCCGCAAAACUGGCAUUGGAUGAUGUCAACAAGCAGCCAAAUCUUCUACCAGGCUUCAAGCUCAUCCUCCACAGCAAUGACAGUGAGUGCGAGCCGGGACUGGGCGCCAGUGUGAUGUACAAUCUGCUGUAUAAUAAACCGCAAAAACUCAUGCUACUGGCUGGAUGCAGCACUGUGUGCACCACUGUGGCAGAGGCUGCCAAAAUGUGGAAUCUCAUUGUGCUUUGCUAUGGAGCCUCGAGUCCCGCCCUGUCAGAUCGUAAGCGUUUCCCAACGCUUUUCCGUACCCAUCCAUCGGCCACGGUGCACAAUCCAACGCGCAUUAAACUGAUGAAGAAAUUUGGUUGGUCUCGCGUGGCCAUCCUACAACAGGCCGAAGAAGUAUUUAUAUCGACCGUAGAAGAUCUUGAGAAUCGAUGCAUGGAAGCUGGCGUUGAAAUCGUAACUAGACAAUCAUUUCUAUCCGAUCCAACAGACGCCGUACGCAAUUUACGACGCCAGGAUGCACGCAUCAUUGUGGGACUCUUCUAUGUGGUGGCCGCCCGUCGAGUGCUCUGCGAAAUGUACAAACAGCAGCUCUAUGGGCGGGCACAUGUAUGGUUCUUCAUAGGCUGGUAUGAAGAUAAUUGGUAUGAGGUGAAUCUAGUAUCCGAGGGCAUCACCUGUACCGUUGAGCAAAUGCGUAUAGCUGCUGAAGGACAUCUAACGACAGAGGCUCUCAUGUGGAAUCAGAACAAUCAGACAACAAUAUCCGGUAUGACUGCAGAGGAAUUUCGACAUCGACUGAAUCAGGCUUUAAUUGAGGAGAAAUACGACAUAAGUCAUGGGCGCUAUCCGGAGGGCUAUCAGGAGGCACCCCUAGCCUAUGAUGCUGUCUGGAGUGUGGCAUUAGCUUUUAAUAAAACAAUGGAACGUCUAACGAUGGGCCAGAAAUCCCUGAAAGAUUUCACCUAUACGGACAAGGAAAUAGCCGAUGAGAUCUAUGCGGCCAUGAAUUCAACACAGUUUCUGGGUGUAUCGGGCGUUGUGGCAUUCAGCUCGCAGGGCGAUCGUAUUGCCCUCACUCAGAUCGAACAGAUGGUGAAGGGCAAGUACGAGAAAUUGGGAUACUACGACACCCAGCUGGAUAACCUAACCUGGUUGAAUACCGAACAAUGGAUUGGUGGCAAGGUUCCUCAAGAUCGCACAAUUGUUACCCAUGUCCUACGCACAGUUUCCUUGCCAUUAUUUGUGUGUAUGUGCACCAUCUCCAGUUGCGGCAUCUUUGUUGCAUUCGCCUUGAUCAUCUUUAAUAUAUGGAAUAAGCAUAGAAGAGUAAUACAAUCCUCACAUCCUGUUUGCAAUACGAUCAUGUUAUUUGGUGUCAUCAUCUGUCUCACAUCAGUCAUCUUAUUGGGCAUGGACGGACGCUUUGUAAGCCCCGAGGAAUACCCAAAGGUUUGCCAAGCUCGAGCUUGGUUAUUAUCCACCGGUUUUACAUUAGCAUAUGGUGCAAUGUUCAGCAAAGUCUGGCGUGUGCAUCGUUUUACAACAAAAGCGAAAACUGACCCGAAGAAAAAAGUGGAACCUUGGAAGCUAUACACCAUGGUUUCGGGCCUCUUAUCAAUAGAUUUAGUGAUAUUACUCUCAUGGCAGAUCUUUGAUCCGCUGCAGCGUUAUCUCGAAACAUUCCCACUCGAAGAUCCAGUAUCUACAACUGAUGAUAUUAAAAUACGUCCAGAGCUUGAGCAUUGUGAAAGUCAACGCAAUUCCAUGUGGUUAGGCCUUGUCUAUGGCUUUAAGGGCCUUAUUCUGGUGUUUGGCCUAUUUUUGGCCUAUGAGACGCGUUCCAUUAAAGUGAAACAGAUCAACGAUUCGCGUUAUGUGGGCAUGAGCAUCUACAAUGUGGUCGUUCUAUGCCUGAUAACAGCACCGGUGGGCAUGGUCAUUGCAUCGCAACAGGACGCAUCCUUUGCCUUUGUUGCUCUAGCUGUGAUAUUCUGUUGUUUCCUAAGCAUGCUGCUGAUAUUUGUGCCAAAGGUCAUUGAGGUCAUACGACAUCCCAAGGAUAAAGCCGAGUCGAAAUACAAUCCCGAUUCGGCCAUAUCGAAGGAGGAUGAAGAACGCUAUCAGAAACUGGUUACCGAAAACGAGGAAUUACAACGAUUAAUAACACAGAAGGAGGAAAAGAUACGGGUCCUACGACAGCGGCUCGUGGAGCGGGGCGACGCCAAGGGCACAGAACUGAAUGGAGCAACGGGCGCCGCCUCUGCAGCAGCAGCCACGACGUCACAACCCGCUUCUCUCAUCAAUGCAUCCGCAUCCGCACAUCCCACGCCCGCAGCCACACUCGCAAUCACACAAGAUACUCAUGAGCAUCGUACAUGAAAAAACUUGUCAAUUUCCUUUGCGUGAUAGGUGAAUUAUACAAGAGAAAAUAUGAAAUGCAUAUAAGAAGGAUGAAAAAAACGAAGGAAGAAACGGACAAAUUUAAUAUAAAAUAUGUACUUAAUAAACUUUGUAUCAACUUUAAGCUGAGCUAAAUAAGUGAAUUGGUAGCAGCAAUUUUGUAGAUUAACUGAAAUAUGUAUUGUACCUUAAACGUGUUAGCAUUAAUAUGGAAAACGAAAUACUUUUAACUUACAAAUAACUAAGACAAAACGAAAAGAAAACUCUACACUAGCAUCUGAACUAAGCAAAUUGUUAGGCUUUACAGUUGGAAAAAAAAAACAAACAGAAACCAAAACAAAAACAAAAAAAAACAGUAGUCAAGAAAGCAAACCGAAAACAAAAACCAAUCAUGUUAAAGUUAGUAAUUUUUAAAUGCAAAAUGGGAAAAGACAAAAAUUGUUGUGUUUUUUAGUACAUAUUACUGUUGAUUUCAUUUCGAACCUAUUUUGCUCAGUGCUGUCUCCUAGAGCUCUAUUAAUGCAUAGCCUGCAAGAACAAACUCACACACAAAAGAUUCCCCCCAUGGCGGCCUUCUCCUGAACUUUUGUUAUAUGUAUCUUACAAGACACGUCUUUAUCUGAACCAGGUCGCGGCAAUACAAACCAAACUCCUAGACUCCAGGAACCAAGCCCAGAACUAUCUCUCUCUCUCUCUCUCUGUCUUUCUCAGCAGGCGGCGAUGGGGGGCUUGGUUCCUUAUAGAUAAGUUAGCUUUAGAGAUUUUGUAUAGAUCCAAAUGUGUGUGUGAGUAUGUCGUGUCGUGUAUAGUGCACUCGGUCAAGUUUUAAUAGUUUAAAUUUCAGCGAAUCGUAAAUAGCACAAAUCGAAUGAAGAGUCUAGCAAAUCUUAGAUAAUGAAGGGAUAAUAUAUAUAUACAUAUAGUAUAGCAUAGUCUAGUGUAGCCUCAAAAGUUAAUAUUAUAUUAUGGGUGGGUCAAGGUCAAGGCUCAAGUAACGUUUUAAUUUGUAUGUACUGUUAUACAUAGACGAACGGAAUGAAGAAAGGAAGCUAAUGAGAAGAUAAAAAUAUUAAUGAGAAAUUUUUGAACAUACUGUAAGUUCUAAAAUUGCAUUUAUAAAUUAUAUAUAUAUAUAUAUAUAUAUAUAUAUAUAUAUUAUACACGGGAAAUGAAGGAAUACCGGAUAUAAAUGAGCGUGUCGUUAUAUAGGAAUUGACUUUAUUUAAACUGAAAAAAAAACAACAACAACUGAAACCUACUGAGAAAGAUGACUCACUCUCACACACUCUCUAUAACUCUCACUCUCACUAUCUCUGAUCGAAUUGGAACCUUUUUAUAAUUCAAUCAAUCACAACACACUCACAUUCGAACAUUCAAACAAAUGAAUUGAACAUUCGAAAACAAAGAAUUGAAAAUAAAAUAUGAAGAAAAUCCAUCACGAAAAGUGCUAGAGAAAAAUCCACAUAGAAAACAUCAAAUUCCUACGAAAUGAAAGACUUUAAAAUCUAAGCCGUUAAAAUGAAAGGGAAAACCAAGUAAAAAAC